GCGCCGCUUUUCCUCGGCGCAGCAGCAUGCACAGCGGGCCCGCGGGCACCGCUGUGGGCCUGCUGCCGGGCUGGGAGUGUCGGCCGCGUGGGAGGGCCGCGCUUCCUCAGUGCUGAGCAGGGACAUCGACCUGCCCUGCUUCCAUAAGGGAUGGGGUAGAAGUUGCUGUCUCCAGCCCCUGGCUUGGCUCUGUUCUGACCUGCACUGUUCUGUGUAGUGUCCAGUCCCUGGUCUUUCACUGAAGCUGGCCGGUUGUAGUCUAGGAGCCCCAUGAGCCUGUUCCUAUAAAACACCUGAGCAGAAUGGAGAACUAUAUGAAGACCAAAAUAGUGGAGAAACCUUGUCCUCUUCCUUUCACCAACCUGCCCCCUGAUAUCAUUGAAAUGAAAGUGAAAGACGGGAGCAAAAUCAGAAAUCUGAUGGGCUAUGCCAUCAGCAAGAUGGAGCUGGACUCAGUAAGGCAGAUCCUAUUCACUGGUUCAGGCAAGGCUGUCAGCAAGACCAUUACCUGUGUGGAAAUCAUGAAACGAAGACUCAAAGAGUUGCACCAGAUCACCAAAGUGCUUUUCAAACAGAUAGAAGAGAUCUGGGAACCCAUUGUGCCUGAGGCAGGCCUCGAUGCCCUGACAGUGAAGAGAAACAUUCCCGCCAUAUGUGUUCUACUCAGCAAGGAUGCCCUCGAUCCCCAGGAACCGGGAUACCAGGCUCCAGGCUCUUUUGAUGCCUUCUGUAUUGAUACACUUAAAGCAGAGUCACAGGGCCAGAUGAAGAGGAAGCAGGGUGGAGGCAGAGGAGCCAGGAGCACGGGAAAGCAGCUUCGGUCCAUUGGAGGAGGACCUGGAGAGUCCUGUGGCAAGUCCUGAGACACCAGCAGCAUGGUUGAGUGUAGUUUGGGGGAGUUACAGAAACAAGCAAGCUGCUGUAGCUGGACAGCUGCUGCUGAACACGGGGAUUUGCUGAGUUGUUAGGGGAGGGCAGGAGAAGUUAACUGUUUAAAAGUGGAUGUGACUGUAACUGUGUGAAACUUUGGACAAGUUUUCCUUGUCAGAGGCUGCCCAGCUGUACUCCUUAGCAUGUGGUUCAGGAGAGACAGGAAUUGUCUCUGCAUCAGCCAGGACCAUUGGUGUCUGGUCAACAAGCACAGGACUGCUCACUGAGUGGGGUUCCAGCUGUGCGGGGCAGCGUGGUAGCCCAGGCAGCCAGUCUGCAUGCCAAGUGCCUACUUGUGUGGCAGGCAGGGUUGGCUCUUGCUGAGAUAUGGAGGGGAGAUGGAACCCGACAUAGAUUCCCUGGCAGCCAUCUGCAUCACAGGAGCUUGUAUGAGUGGACAGUGGGGCACAGGACUGCAUCAGCCACUUCUGUGCCUCAAGAGCACCUGCAGAGUGCAUCAGGUGGUUCAAAUGUAGGGCUGCAGGGAUACAGCUCUGUAUUGAUGUAUUGGUCUUUCUGCUCUCCUCUCACCUUGGUGGAGCUGAUGGUUCCACUAGUCUCUGCCCAAGUGACCGGAGUCUCAACCAUGUCAUAACUAGGCUGAAAUCUUGUAGCUGUGCAAGUGCCCUGGUGUGGUAAUAAUGGUAAGGUCCAAAGGACCCUGUUCUUUCCGCUUUCUGCUCCUUCAUAAUGCACGGAGAUGGAUUUGAAAUAAAAUUCCUGCUUUGUGUAACUGAAA